GUGGUGGUGCGCAUUCCCGAAGAAUUUCAGCUGGAUAUCUCCUUCAAAUCCACCUGGAAAUCUCCUUGUAGUCCUUCACCGCUAGCUACUUUUGCUUCUCCAAGCAACAUGUCAAUCUUAAAGAUUCAGGCACGUGAGAUUUUUGACUCGAGAGGGAACCCUACUGUAGAAGUGGACCUUUACACAGACAAAGGGCUGUUUCGAGCUGCUGUUCCUAGUGGAGCAUCCACUGGCAUCUAUGAAGCUUUGGAGCUGAGAGACAAUGAUAAGUCCAAGUACCUGGGCAAAGGUGUCUCAAAGGCUGUUGAGCAUGUCAACCAAACUAUUGCACCUGCGCUCAUUGCACAGGGAAUCCCUGUAGUUGAGCAAGAGAAGAUUGAUCAGUUCAUGCUUGAAUUGGAUGGAACUGAUAACAAGUCUAAAUUUGGUGCUAAUGCCAUCCUGGGCGUGUCCCUGGCUGUGUGCAAGGCUGGUGCUGCAGAGAAAGGUGUCCCUCUGUAUCGCCAUAUUGCUGACCUUGCAGGAAAGCCAGAGGUCAUCCUACCAGUGCCGGCCUUUAAUGUGAUAAAUGGUGGCUCCCAUGCGGGCAAUAAACUGGCCAUGCAGGAGUUCAUGAUCCUGCCAGUGGGAGCCAACAGCUUUAAGGAGGCCAUGCGAAUUGGUGCGGAGGUCUACCACAAUCUAAAAAACGUCAUUAAGGAGAAGUACGGCAAGGACGCUACCAAUGUUGGCGAUGAGGGUGGAUUUGCCCCAAACAUCCUGGAGAAUAAGGAAGCCCUAGAGCUACUGAAGAAUGCCAUCAGCAAAGCAGGCUACACAGAUGAGGUUGUGAUUGGCAUGGAUGUUGCAGCCUCAGAGUUCUAUCGUGAUGGAAAGUAUGAUCUUGACUUCAAGUCACCUGAUGACCCCAGCCGUUACAUCAACUCUGAUGAGCUUGCAGAACUUUACAAGAGCUUUGUUCAGGAAUACCCAGUGGUCUCCAUUGAAGAUCCAUUUGACCAAGAUGACUGGGGGGCUUGGACCAGUUUUACUGACAGUACAGACAUCCAGGUUGUAGGUGAUGACUUGACUGUGACCAACCCCAAACGCAUUUCAAAAGCAGUGGAUGAGAAGGCCUGUAACUGCCUGCUGCUCAAAGUGAACCAGAUUGGCAGUGUGACUGAGUCCUUGAAAGCCUGCACCAUGGCCCAGUCCAGUGGCUGGGGUGUUAUGGUGAGUCAUCGUUCAGGAGAGACAGAGGACACCUUCAUUGCUGACCUGGUGGUUGGUCUGUGUACAGGACAGAUUAAAACGGGAGCACCCUGUCGUUCUGAACGCCUGGCCAAAUACAACCAGAUCCUCAGAAUUGAAGAGGAGCUGGGUGAUGAGGCUCGAUUUGCAGGGAGGAGCUUCAGAAACCCACUGAACUGAGGCUGAACCACUGAGUGCACUGCAGACAAUUUUAGCACUUGUAUGCUUGCACUUUGCAGUAAACUAGAAAGUACCUAUAGAAAUCUGUACUGUGUGUUUGACAGUGUUAUAAAGCUACUUGAAUAAGAAGUUAAUAGUAAUAUUCGUCAUUGUGGUCAGAAGGUUAGUUUUGUGAAAUAAUUAUUUACUGAUAAGUGUAAUUAUGUAGAUCUAAUAUGUUUGUGUAAUGGAGAAACCUGUGGAGAUAAAUAAAAGAUUACCUCUGAAACAUAAAA